UGCUCUGUUUUCUGAAUUGUUCCUUAUUUAUUACCCUUCAAUAUUGUGCUCACACAUACUAUCUGGCAACUAUUCAAUGUAAGUCAGAUAGUGCCUCAUCCCCUGCAUCUUUUGUCUUGACGGAGCUAAAGUGUGACCACACUGAGUGAAGGGAGCUCAGUUGCACGAAAAAUCAAAUAAAUUGCGGUGUGAAUUUUUCCUGUGUUGUUCCACAUGGAACAGAAUACUGCAGCAGAAUCCAAAGAGGAUGAAGGAGUUGGAUUUCUGUUUAAGGCAAUGAUGGAAAGGGAUCCAAAGAAAAGGAGAGUCAAACCUGUUGAGCGCCACCUGCUGCAGCUUGAUUUUGGAUUGGACGACAGUGAGGAUGAUAGUGACUUUGAAGUUGAAGAGCAUCAUAAAAAAGAUGAAUCUGAUCAGUCGGAUGAAGAAACUGAGGGAGAAAGUGAUGAUGAAGAAGAGAGCACGUCAGAUGAUGAAGAAGACAGCGAGGAAGAGACAGAAAAUUCAGAAUCUGAUAAAGAUCUCAGCGUGUCUGAUAUGAUCAGCAAAGCUAAGUCAAGAAAAAUCACAGAAAUGAACCUCAUGAAUUUCCACUCAAAACACACUAAUGCUAUCAAAGUGCUUAUCUGUGCUGUGUGUCUUGGAGAAGUAAGCAAAGACAAUGAUGAAAUCAUAGAGUGCGAUAAUUGUGGGAUACCUGUACAUGAGAGUUGUUAUGGUGAUGACAGCGAAGACUCGAGUAGCGUUGAGACUGAAAGUUCAACAGAACCGUGGUUCUGUGACGUCUGUAAGGCAGGUGUAGUGAAUCCAAGCUGUGAGUUGUGCCCCAACAUUGGCGGAAUAUUCAAAGAAACAGAUGCAGCAAAGUGGGUUCAUCUGGUGUGUGCCUUGUAUAUUGGAGGAGUUGCAUUUGGCGAUGUAGACAAAUUAAGUCCUGUUACUCUGUCGGAACUCCAGCCUUCCAAGUGGGGUGCUAGAGAAUGUUGUUACUGUGAAGAUGAAAGGUUUAGCUACACUGGUGUUUGUAUCCCAUGUGAUGCUGGAAUGUGUCGUAACUAUUGCCACGCUACUUGUGCCCAGAGGGCAGGAUUGUUAUCUGAAGCAUCACCGGAAGAGGACAUUGCAGACCCAUUCUAUACGUACUGCAAGCUACAUGCAGAUAAUGCCAGUAUGAAGAGGAAACGGCAGAACUGGCUAGCCGUGCAGUCUCACCUUAAAAUUCACAGCCAGAAUAAACCCAAUGAUCCAAUUACAAUCCAAAGGAUAAACGAGAAAUUAAAGAAAUCAAGCGAAAAGUAUCUAGAACGGAAACGUCAGUGGCCAGCCCCAUGGACGCCCCCACAGAAAACACCAAGGAUGUUAACAACCAGUGCUUCGGCUUGUCGGAGGUUGAUGAGGAAGGCCGAGUUACUGGGAUUCAGUGGGGAUCAAACCCAGUAUCAAAAAAGCAAGGACAGAACAGAGAGUGCUAGAAAAUGGAAUGUCCUACCAGCAUUUAGUACAGAUUUCAUCAGUUAUUAUUUAGAUCGGGAUUCUCGAAUGACCCAGAUGAAGACUCACCUUGAUGACCUUAUAAACUCCAAUGAUGAGAUGCGUGGUGAGAACCAAAUACUGAGGCUCAGCUAUGAUGAGUUGACAGCGGAAGCUGAAAAGUUACGCAUAAUCAACAGCCAGAUGAUUGCCGCUGGUGAAGCCAUCUUCAACUUAUUGUCCAAGCUUGGCGGGAAGCCGUUACCCCUCCCACCAGUCCUUUUACCCCACAAACCAAAAAAGUCACCCACCAAGAAAGAUCCUUCAAAAAUUUCAACUAUUAUUAACUUCUGUGGGAUAUGCAAGAAAACUCACUCACAACACCAACUGGCCCAGUGCGACACAUGCAAGAACCACUAUCACCUCUCCUGCUUAGAUCCACCGCUUACAAGGAUGCCCAAAAAGACAGCUUUCAGUGCUUGGCAGUGCUCAGAGUGCGUCACAAGCGAUAGUGAAACAUCUCCUCAGGACAUAGACGAAGAGGGGGAUGAAAUUAAACGAAGGAAACGAAGAGUAAUCAAGGAACCAGUAAAAUUUAUCUCUCAGGUUAUGCCAUCCAAAAAGGGUAGCAAAGGAAAGUUAAAGAAAAGGAAGAAAGUAAGGAAGCCAGCAGCUUUGAAGACAGAUGACACAAAAGAAGACGUGGAUGGUAAAGGGUCAUCAUCUAAGAGGCCACGAUUGAGUGAUAUAAAAAACAAUUGUGCUAAUUGCAGCCAAGAAGGAAAUUUCACAAACCUUGUCAGGUGUGAUAAAUGCAAGAGUUGUUAUCAUUUUGGCUGUUUAACUCCACCUCUGAAGAAGAGUCCUAAACAACGAGGUUAUGAAUGGUUCUGCACUGACUGCGACUCCCUUUCAGAGGAUGAGCAUUCAAAAGACGAAAAAAUGGAAGAUGAUCAAUCAGUUAAAGAUGAAGGAACUGAGAAAGAAGAUAAAGAAAAAACUGCCAACUAAAAUGAUGUGUGGAAAAGAAUAUUGAAAUUUAAGAAAAAAUCUGCUGGUUGUGAUUCAAUAGGUUUGAUCUAUUACAAUCUACUACACAUACUAUCAUCAUAAUGUUACAUUGAUUGCAACUUUCCAUUUUAUGUGUCUUUUUCAAUGUGAUAGAAUGAAUAAUAAAGUAGUGGUCUGUCUGGUUUUUUACUCAAUAUUAUGUGUUAUGUAUUUCUCAAAGGGGUUUUGAUAUCUUUUGUUACUGAAAUUUAAUAAAUUUACAUGACUAUAAACAACUGAUGAAAUGAUAGAUUUCGGCAUAGAGAGAAUGUAUGCACUAUUUGGCGAAGAUAGGAUGAAGAAAAGGAUAAAAUUUAAUUAAAUUCACACAAAUGCACCUACAGUGCUCUACUAAUGUGUACAUCGUUUUAUGAUAGCAGCCAGAGUCAAUGAGGAAGAAAAUAACCCAACAUUAGGGUAGGCAGAUUGGCGCAGCGUGAUCUGUUUGAUUUCCAGACCUUGAACCUCAUGCUGUCCAUUCUCGGCCGGCCAUGCAUAGAUACCUCAGCUUGCAUCGUUAUAAAAGUUGUAAAGUGACUUAUUGUCAUGAUUGAGCCUAUAGUAGGCUCUGGCCCAUAGUUUGAAACUUAUGCAGCGAACCAUUUGAUUAGCUAUUUUGAAACCCUCUUGAG